AUGCCUGAGAAAGAUCCGUGUACUGAUAUAACAUAUGAUAAUGAAAUCAAAGAAUUAUAUGAAUGUCAUUGUUGUUUACAUCUGGUUUGUUUAUAUCAUUUGAAUGAACAUGUUCAAAUAACAAAACAAAAUAAACGACAAUUAGAUAGUUUUCGUAAUGAAGUAAAUACAGUUGUAAAUACACUUAGACUAAUUGUUAUAGAAAAACUAUUGAUUAUCAAAUGCGAACAAAACUUAAUUGAACCAACAAAAAAAACUCUUGAUGUAUCCAGUAAUUCAAUUGAUGAACUACAAAAUAUUUUCCAACAAAUUAAUCAAACAACAGAAUCAAAUAACCGUUCGGAAGGAAUUAUGGUGAAAGUCGAACCUUCAUUAUCAGAAACUGAAUAUUGUUCUUGUGUUUGCAAAUGCAACAAGAAAAACAUGAAUUCAAGUGGUAAAAUUUUUUUUUUCUUUUCUUCAGCCGUCACUAUUCUUUUUUCAUCGAUGUCUAACAAUGAAUCGAAAUGUAUUGGUUGAAAAACUUCAAGUUGAUAAAAAUUUGAUUUUUCACUAGUCCAGGAUGCUGGAUAAUAUGCUUCACAAGUACGUUUAUCAUGUUGACUAUGAACAGUAUCAGAAUUAAAACGAUCGAUAUGUACUCCACCAAUAAUCCAUCGAUUUGAUGAUGGAGAGUGUGGGUGGGGUGUCGGUUAUUCUUCUUCAAUCACUCACACCCACAUUCACACCCUCAGCAGCACAUGCUUUUUAUUUCGUAUUUCAACAGUUACGAAAGAAGGGAGUAUCGAGAUGUUAUUUCUAUUUUGUGUCAUCAAUUGUUUCAAUUUAAUUUCUUAUUUUUCAUUAACGAAUUUGUUUGUGAAUGAUAAAAUUGUAAGAUGAAAAAUUUAUUGCUGAUGCACAUAUUUCAAAAUUUCAAAAAAUAAUUUUAUUUUAAAAAAUUUCGACAAAUAUAGUGUAUAUAAAGAGUUGCUAGUGUUUGACUUUUUACAUGAUAUAUGAAUAAUAUCUUGGUGAUGGGAAAAUGGCGACAUUAAUAUCUUACCUUCCCAACUCAUCAAGAUAAGACAAAAAGUAAUAAUAAAAAUAAAUAUAACAAAGAAAAAGUUCUAUUCGUUGAAAUUCUUUUUCUACUUGUUUAACUUUAUUUCAGGAAUAAAGAAGAUUAUGAGAAGAAGUGUUUCAGAAAAAAGAAUUUGAAAUAUAUAUUUAUUGGUGUAUCUUUAGAUCAAUAAAAAAUUGUUCUUUUUUUCAUGUAUAUCAAUUUAUCGCACCAAAAAUUCUACAAUCAAUCUAAUAUAAAAUCUCUCAAAAAAACGUUCUCAGCUUAUUUGUUUUUUAUUAAUUAAAUAUAGAUGGGGUAUGUCCAUGGGAAGUCGCCAGAUCCAUACAGCGACCUCUUCCAAAUUCAAUAAAACUUUCAGUGUUUGUAGAGCUUUUUUCGCUGAUCAUUUUGGUAAUAAGUUUUUUAGGAUUCGACCCUGUUUUCGAUGAGAUACAGAUGAAAUAUGAUUUUUACAUUUUUGCCAUUUUUGC